GAAGCUCUGCUGACAGACUGAUCUCUAAUCACUCUGCUGCUCCCAGAAUCAGCCUUUAUUCAUAAAGAGGUCAUUUUACAAUCCUGGCUCUGAGAGCAAACAUUAGUGGAAAGCUGCGGUACCUUCCGGCAUCCCGGCCGCUCACACCUGGGUGUUGACCUGCAGCACGUGAGGCUCAGGAAGGUUUAAUCUUUCGCCACAAAGCCCACAGAAAAAUUACAUAAAGGCCUCAUGCUCCUGAAUGUGAGGGCUCAGCAGCUUACAGGCGGGGAUUUGGUUAACUGGAUUAAUCCAAGAUUUAAAAUCUGCUUUUAGGCUGAAGAAGUGAGAAUAAUCGGCCCUCCUGUCUGCAGCUCUGGUAUAAAAGGCUCACAUGCAGAGUUCUCCCAAAACAACAACAGCUCUGCACUGAAAACCUCCCCAGGCUGUACUCUACUGUUCAGGUAAGGAGGCGAUGCGUUCUGGGACCUGGAGGAGUUUCUUAAGGCUUCUCCUUUGCUGCACUAACUGGUUUUAUCCCAUUGGAGCCAACAUGUUGGCUUGAAGAGCAGAUUAAAUCGGGUUUCUUUCUGUCCGCCGGGUUUAGAAUGGACGUCCAAACUGUGGGGUUGCUGCUGUUUGUCCUGGCCUUCGUGGAGCAGAGCCUGUCAUCCUGCGUGGUGGACAGAUUCACCGUCAAGCAGGACUUUGAUCCCCAAAGAUACGCAGGGAAAUGGUACGCGCUGCAGAAGAAGGACCCAGAGGGCCUGUUCCUGCAGGACAACAUAUCUGCCGAAUACACCGUAGGGGACGAUGGCUCCAUGGUGGCGUCCUCCAGAGGCAGAGUGACUCUCUUUGGGUUCUGGGUGGUCUGCGCAGACAUGGCCGCUCAGUACUCCGUACCUGAUCCCAACACCCCCGGCAAGAUGUUCAUGAACUACCAGGGACUGGCCAGCUACCUGUCCAGCGGAGGUGACAACUACUGGGUCAUCGACACCGACUACGACAACUACGCCAUCACCUACGCCUGCCGCGUUCUGAGGGAGGACGGGAGCUGCGAGGAUGGCUACGCGCUGGUCUUCUCCCGCAACCCGCGCGGCCUCCCCCCGGCGAUCCAGAGGCUGGUCCGACAGAAGCAGGAGGAGAUCUGCAUGGCGGGGCAGUUCCAACCUGUGCUGCAGUCCGGAGCCUGUUAGACGUCUAGGCUGCAUCAUAUGAAUCCAGAUCAACAAGCCUAGGAGGGAGGCCCCUCCCCCCCUCCCCCGUAACAUCUAGUGUGUGGAUCUGUGUUGG